AUGGCUGAUUCUCUUCCUAAAAGAUUCAACACGAAUCUCACAGACUACUCAGUCGCCGCCUCGGAAAGCACUGGCCCAUACGCGAAGGAUCUUGAGGUCGACGCGCUGGUCGUCGGCGCCGGCUUUGCCGGUGUAUUCAUGCUCAAGACCCUGCGUGAUGCCGGUCUGAAAACUGUCAUUUUCGAGGCAGGCAAUGACCUUGGUGGAACUUGGCGCUGGAACUGCUAUCCGGGUGCUGGUGUCGAUUCCGAGGUGCCCUCGUACGAGUAUUCUUGGCCCGAGGUGUACAGUACCUGGAACUGGACAACAAACUAUCCCGAUUUUCAAGAGUUGCGCCGCUACUUUGAUCAUGUGGACAAAGUGGUCGGUAUCAAAAAGGACUGUUCUUUCAACACCGUGGUUGUCGGGGCCCAAUUCAGCACGGAGCAGGGAAAGUGGUCAGUCCAGACGGCGGACGGUCGUACGGCGGUGGCCAAGUACUUGAUUCUAGGUACUGGGUUUGCCUCCAAAAGGUACAUCCCUCAAUGGCCCGGCCUUGACAAGUUCAAGGGCAUUAUCCACCACUCUUCCUUUUGGCCCCAAGAUAAAACCAUCGAUGUCGCGGGAAAGCGCUGCGCCAUUGUCGGUACCGGCGCGUCGGGCGUUCAAAUGGUGCAAGCAUGGGGCCCCCAGGCCGGCCGUCUCGACGUCUUCCAGCGCACGCCAAACCUGGCUCUGCCCAUGCGCAAGCGGGAUUUGACCGUCGCUGAGCAAGAAAGCAGCAAGAACUUCUACGGCGACCUGUUCCAGAUGCGCGAGAAAUCCUUUGCCGGCUUCUUUUACGACUGGUACCAGCGCAAGACGCUGGAUGAUGCGCCGGACAAGCGCGAGGCCUUCUUCAAUAAGAUCUGGACACUAGGAGGUUUCCGAUUCUGGGUCGGCACCUACAAAGACAUGCUUUUUGAUGCCAAAGCAAACAAGGAGGCGUACAACUUCUGGGCCAAGAAGACCCGAGAGAGGGUCUCGGAUCCUGCGACGAGAGAUCUUCUCGCACCAGUUGACAUGCCUCACUAUUUCGGCAUCAAGCGCCCGUGUCUUGAGAAUGACUACUACGAACAGUUCAAUAGGGAGUCGGUUCAUCUGAUUAACAUCAAGAACAAUUCCAUCGAGGAAUUUACCGAGAGCGGCAUCAUGCUCGAAGAUGGAAGCCACCACGAGUUCGACGUGAUUGCACUUGCAACAGGAUUUGAUAUUGUCACGGGCGCAUUGACACAACUUGGUCUGAAGAGCAUCGAGGGAGCCGAGUUGGAAAAGGAGUGGGCGUCGGGCGCCAAGUCCUAUCUCGGCCUGACCGUCAGCGGAUAUCCGAACAUGUUCUACGUCUACGGCGCGCAAGCUCCCACUCUUUUAUGCAAUGGUCCUACCGCUGCAGAACUGCAAGGUCGGUGGAUUGCCGACGCUAUUGUCAAGAUGGAAGCGGCUGGUGUCAAAUACAUCAAUGCCAAGCCCGAGGCCGCCGACAAGUGGAAGCAGUUUGUUAUGGACGCUUGCGAUCGGUCGCUUUUGCCUACGACCAAGUCGACGUAUAUGGGAGGCAGCAUCCCCGGCAAGGUGUACGAGCCUGUUGUGUACGCCGGUGGCACCGACCUCUACGCAGUGGAGAUCCGUAAGGUACUGGAUGACAUGGAGAGUGGCUUUGACUUGGUCAAGAAGUAA